CACUACCUAAAGUCACACAGACCCAGGACAGUGCAGGGAGAAGACACAGCUACAAACGUACAUUAGAGUUGAGGUUAGAAGUAGAAGUUACUGUAUUUGACCACAAGUGUGUUAAGAUGUCAGAGGGAGUCUAUGAAACCUCAGAUGGAUUUGAAGACGAUGAGCCUGAUGCAAUGAAGAACACAGACAUUGAUGGCCAAUUAUAUUCCAAUGUAAGAGCCUUCAAGCCCAGUCCAAGAGAUGGAGUUGUUGCUUCAGAUCCUGAUAGCUCAGGGAACAGACCCUUCCUAGUUGCUGCAGUGUGUCUGGGGCUGCUGUGUGUCCUACUGGCUGGGAUCAUAGGCCUGUCUGUCUACUAUAACAGAGCCAUCAAAGAUUCUGAGGAUAAAAGGAACAACUUGUCACGGAGUUGUUCCCUUUAUAAGACUAACGCAACUGCAGAGAGAGACCAGCUACAGACCAGAUACAACAACGUGACUAAAGAGAGAGACCAGUUACAGACCAGAUACAACAACCUGACUAAAGAGAAAGGCCAUAUUCAGGCAAAGCUUUUUGUGAUUGAGCAGCAUUGUCAGGAGGGAUGGAGAUACUUUGACUCCAGUUUGUACUUCCUCUCUACUGAGGAGAAAACCUGGGAGAAGAGCAGACAGGACUGUCAGGGGAGAGGAGCAGACCUGGUGAUCAUAAACAGCAGAGAGGAACAGACAUUUGUCUUCAACCUCCACCUGAGAGCCUGGAUUGGUCUGACUGACUCAGUUACUGAGGGGACCUGGAAGUGGGUGGACGGCACCCCACUGACCACAGGGUGAGAGAUUUGACCAUUUUACCAGGUGAUAUGGAGAUAAAAAACAACAAUGAGAAAUUGCAUCUAAUCAUGUUCAUCAGAAUGUAUGUUUCCAUUCAUGGAUGUUAUUCAAUGAGAACUAUAGAUGUAUCACAAUAAUCAGUCAUAUUUUUUGUUUAAAAUGUCAUCAUAUAAUAAAACAAUAUGAUUGUAAAUGGCCCAUUCUGUAUAAUGGUAUGCUCAUCUUUCAGAAUUUGUCUUUAAAAUUGUAAAACAUAGG